GGUCGACUGCUAUCCAAGAUGGCGGACGUGUUGGGGACUGGUUGUUUACGAACUCGAUAAAGUUCGCGCCUUCUGCACUCAUCUCUCAUCUAAAACUUACAAGUACAGAAUAUGCACGAACUCCAUCUACCUAUCAGAACCAUGGCUUGAGAACAGCCUAACAUGGCCUUUAGCGAUGAUGGAGAUUUCAUCAUAUCUCUAAUUCGGCACUCAUGUGUUACUAGUGAUGAUACAGGUGUAUCUGAAAUGGUGAUUGUUAAUGAGGAAGUAGAGAAUGAGAAAACCAAGCAGAGACGCAAAUUGGUUAGUCCUGCAGGAAGAUUCCUUCCAGAUGUGCGAGAUGUUAUGGAUAUCUCCAGCUAUUCACAAUCAUUUGACAUUGCUGUUAGUCCCUCUAUCAGCUUGAUUGACCAAAAACCACUGAAGGAUCCAACAAAGAAGGAAAAUGGAAAAAAAGAAGCCAGUAUAAAAACAAUUCCUUGGAAGGAGACACAAGAGGUCUCAGAGAAUGAAAUCAGUGAUGUAUUUAGUAAGCGACCCGUGAAGCUAGAAAAAAGAACAACAUCUUCUCAGCUCUCCAAGCAACUAGAGGAAUCAAGGGGGAAACCAAACAACCCUUUCCUUAAAUAUUCAAAGUUUGAUGGCGAGGCAUAUCAAAGAACAUGCCCAACAAGAAAGCUAAGAAUCUUCCUUACUAUGCUUGAUGAGGAUGAGAGAAUUAUUCCUAUGUUUGUAACUGUUUUAGGAACAGCAACAGUGCAAGACCUAAUAGGACUUAUCAUGUACAAAUACACAGCAGAAAGUUUAGACCCACCUCUUAAGGAUAAUUUAAAUCACUACUGUUUAAUGAUAGCAGAGGACGAUGGCGAAGUUGAUACUGAUUUUCCAGCUCUUGACAGAAAGGAGAUUAUAACAAAAUUUGGGUUCACAAGUCUAGCAUUAGUUGAGGUCAAGAAAGAGGGUUCUGCUAGUAAACAAGCAGCAGCACCUGCCAAACAAGACGGUGGAGUUAUUGUCAAAGUGAGUGAACCUAGGCAGGGAUUCUCACGAAUUAAGGUUGACAGUAUUCAUGCUAAGAUGAAGGUUGUGUACCAAUCCAUGGUGAAAAAGAGGCGUCUUCUUCGAACAGGCCAUGAAUAUGUGCUGGAAAGGCUUUCUGAGCCGGGCGUCGCUGUGGACCUGGAGGCAACCCUAGAAAGCAUGGGAACUUUAGAGUUUGUCCUGACUCGUGGAAAUAGAAAGCGUGACAUCAGUGAUAAAGAAGAUGGGGAUGGAGUCAAGUUUGACUUUACUAGCUAUCAAUACGAGUCCUACAGAGGGGUCUAUAUGAUGCACAAGCUACGCACAGUUACGGAGAUUCAGUUGGGCGUAUCGCAUGAAAACAUCGAGAUUGACCCUUUGACCACACCCAGAACCGUCACGUCCAGGUUUUGGCCUGUCAUCAGACAAAAACCGGUCUCGUUGGAUAUGGAGAAUGUAAUGGACUGUCAGAUGACAGAGGUUAAGAGCACGGGAAGGACUGGCUUCUCCAUAUGGUACUACAGUACAAACGCGCACGAGUUCAAGCACUAUGACUUUGAGACAGACUUCGAAAUCGCAGAGUCUAUUGUGAAGAAGCUCCAAAACAUACUCAAGUCAAGCGUUAGCUCGAAACGGCGAGAAUUCAUCGCUGCCCGGGAACGAAAAAGAACAGAAAGAAGAAAAUCUAACAGAUAGCAGCCGAAACGCUGUAACCGUAGCCCUAUCCUGCUUUCGUAAACUAAAUGAUUAGAUCCCUGAUUAUCACCAUGGUGAUCGAUACGUCUCCGCCAUCUCUGUGUGCGUCGAGUGAUAAGCCUUCACUUUGUCAGUGGCCUUUACAGUCAGGACCUUGACGCUUGUGUCACGCAAUACUGAGCUAAUACAGCCACGUCCUUGUCACGUGUUUCAGGUAAUUUAACUCAACACUGUGACAACUUUAUAUGUGGCGAGCCUUCACAGUCAGUACUUUUACGCACGUGAUGUAAAUCAACACAGCGACGACUCCUUUAUGUGUGCGUUACGUGGCUGCGGGCCUCGACAGUAAGGACGGCGGUAUAGAACUAAUUCACCAACUACCCUUUUCACAUUUGCGUCACUAUUGGGCAAGCUUAUAAGGACUGUUGCAGCGGCGUACGACUGUACGGAAAAUGUACACAAAAAAGAAGCAGAGUCCUUUGCGAAACCUAAGAGAUUCAAUGCUAUUGCUGGUUGUGGGCCGAACUAGUUCAGCCACAACCCUGUCACAUGUGCGUAAGUCUACAAAGUGACGACUCCUUUAUAUGAACGUUACGAUGCGUUACGUGGUUGUGGGCCCUACAGUGGGAAAGACGCAAGAAUCAUACAAUACUCAAUUAGUUUAGUUUUUGUUGUGGCGCUCAACCUGCAUAUUCAGGGCAGGUUCACUUCUUUAUGCCACAAGCUUGCAUCACUAUCAAAGUUUUUUUGGCACCAUCUAUACAUUAUAAAGGCGUAAUACUUUGGAACCAUGAUCUGGAACUCAGCAAAGGCUUGGAAUUGCCUUGAGUAGAAAUCAUGUCCUUUUUCCGUUUUUUUCAGCAAACAACUGUUGCAUAUUCUUCAUAAUCGUUAAUUGGUAUAGGUAUAGUUAUAAAGGCCUACUCUUGUAGGAUGAUAAGUGACCGACCAUAUGAUAUCUGACGGGGAGAUAACAUAUAUAUAUUUUUCAAAAUCACUUACCUUGCUCGAGUUUUUUUUUUCGAGAUCGCUGUCCCUUAGCCAGGGAUUACUUGUUUUUUCUUUGGCUUGCUCUAAAAUUUAUUUUAGGACUAAUCUCCUUACCAACCCACAAGAUAUCAACUUGUAAUACAUCGAUCCCUACAGAAUGCUGUCAUUUCCUCACUCUAUCAAUUCUAGGGCUUAUAAUUUUCAAGAAUUUAUAACUUCAUUAUUGUCACCACUAACUUUAUACAAUAUUGACAUUAAUAACAUCGCCGACAGAAAUUACUUGAAUAGUUUGAUACAUGUGAAUAUCGAGCUGUAUAAAAUUGGAACAAGUAUUAAGAACCGAUUUCUUAUACUAAAAAGCUUCUUAUUAAAAAAUAUAUAUAUAUCAAAUUAA